AUGGAACGUCACUGGCAUGAGGUGCUUAUCCAGAACGAUGAGGCGGACAGACAUUUUGCAACCGCUGCCCCGCUGCUUGUAAAGGCACUUCGUUUGAUUGCAUCUGUGCGGGCGUUGCCACUUGCACUAAAUGUCUCAUGGUGGGAAUCUGAAAUUGCCCGUGUUGAUGACUCGCGUCUCGUGCACCGCAAGGCCCGCGAGCAGGCACGGAAGCUACGCGAAAUAUUAACGCCCCAAUUGGAGUCUAUCUACGGCUCUCUCUCGCAUCUGCAAAGUGCAAAGGUGGAGUCGCAGCAUUCCCACUCCCUUUUACGCUGCCAUGAAGGUUUAAUUGCGCCACGCGACAUGACGAUGGACACCCUUUUGGAGUCGCAGCCGGUUUUUGACUACAAAAACUUCCGUGCACAGUUUGAGGGACUUUGCCAGGUGAUGGCCAACUCAUUGCUCUUCUCCGCCUGUGAGCCCCGCAUCAAAGUGCUGCAGAGUCGCUAUCGUCUGUAUCGUGCCUUUAAUGGCGUGCGUGAGGAUGAUUUUCAUCCAACACUCGGUGGAGGGAGCUACGAUCGCGCCCCGAAACUUGACGUGCGACGCAUUGGAAGCUGCAUGUCGGCGAAAACAUUGGUGGAGUUCAUGCAGCAGACGCUAGAGGAGGAGCCGGAAAUGGUUCUUCCUGCACGUGACGCAAUUUCACCCUUGAGUUUGGGAGCCAAAAAAAUCGUGUAG